AUGGAGUCUGCCGAUACGAAUAUCCCGUGGCAAGAAAGAGUAACGAAAAAACAACAGGAAAAUUUUGAAAAGAUUCCGUCAUCAUGGAGGAUCCCCAAUGCCUUCUGGGACAACUUCCAAACACCUUUAGAAGAACACAAAACUGAUCUAGUCCAAGAACAAGCCGUUCGCAAGUCUGGCAUCCUCACAGACCGUGAACUCGAAAUCACUGAAAACUAUACAGUUUCUAGUCUUCUUUCUGCCUUGGCGAAUGGUCAGUUGACCUCUGCAGAGGUGACAUUGGCGUAUUGCAAGCGUGCUGCAGUCGCCCAACAGUUGGUCAAUUGUCUCACGAACACUAUGUUCGACGAAGCACAGAAAAGAGCGGAACAUUUGGACCGCUUGCGAGAUCAGGGUCAAUUGGCUGGUCCGCUUCACGGUCUCCCAAUCAGCAUCAAGGACAAUUUCCAUCACAAAGGUACUGAAUCUACCAUUGGGAUGCUAUCUUUCAUGGGUGAGGUUUCAUCGGAAAGCUCGCCCCUUGUACAAAUCUUGUUAAAGCUUGGAGCGGUUAUCUAUGUUAAAACCAAUGUGCCCCAAACCAUGAUGACGACCGACUCUCACAAUAACGUUUUUGGGCGCACCCUCAACCCAAGGAACACCCAAUUGGGACCUGGUGGAUCGAGUGGCGGCGAAGGGGCUUUGAUAGCUUUGAGGGGCUCGCCAUUGGGCGUUGGAACAGAUAUUGGCGGCUCCGUCCGCAUUCCAGCCCUAUGUUGCGGAACAUAUGGAUUCCGACCUAGUGCUGCAAGGGUCCCGAACGGAGGAAUGCGAGUCUGCACCACCAGUGGAAUGAAGUUUGUCCUGUCUUGUGCGGGCCCACUUUCUUUGGAUCUAGAUGGUAUAGAGACAUUCUUCAAGACACUUUUUGAGGCCCGCCCCGCUCUUUAUGAUUCCACUAUCUUGGACAUUCCAUGGAGACAGGUCUCCACGAAGCAAAAGCUAAGAAUCGGAGUUGUUCCCGAAAGCCCUAAUUUUCCUCUGCAGCCUCCUGUUAAAAGGACGCUGGCAAAUGUAACCCGCAUAUUAGAGGCACAGGGCCACACGAUCAUUCCAUUGAGCUCGGCGGAAUGUCGGGUCAUGGAGGCGACCGAGGUCGCUUUCGCAGAAAUUCGCGAGGAUUAUAGAAAGUUGUGGCUCGCAAACGACCUUGAUAUUUGCAUCGCACCCCCUGCCCAGAGUACUGCAGUUCGACACGACACUUUUGGAUUGCCUCCCUACACGGCAUUUUUGAACGCUCUCGAUUUCCCGUCGUGCAUUCUUCCCUUUGGGCACGUGGGCGCAGAAGAUGCAACUGGGACUUAUGAGCUGAAGGAGGACCAAAUUGGUCCGGAAUACAACUUUGAGGUACUCAAUGGUGCACCCUGCUCUAUUCAACUAUUUACUCUCAACAUGCGUGAUGAAGAAUGCUUGCAGAUGGCGAAGCAAAUUGAUCAAGACCUCAAGGGUAGAGCUUGA